UGAAGGUGUUGUGUUUCGAAUUGAGUGAUACCAUGAACAAAUUUUUUGUUUGACUUUGAACAAAGGUGAUUGUGAUUCAAGAUGACGGACUCAAGUUCUUUUACUUCCCUCUUCGCUUUGGUGGACAGUCACUUAUCAAAAUGUAACUUAAACGACACACCUAGCGAGGAUGGUCGUGUUGGAAGUUUGCCCAUGCCCAUGCUAAAUCUUCCAAGAGGCUUGUCCGACACUGGCCUCAGUAACCCGCCGCCAAGACUACCUAUACCAACAUUCACGUUGAGCGAGAGUCCCAUCGCCAAUGUCCUCUCCGAGCAGUUGUCUAAUAUGUUCAAAGCCAAAGAACUCAAAAAGCAGCAAGAGCUUGAACAAGAGAAACUUCAAGAAGAGAUGAGACGGAUGGCUCUAGAAGAGAAGAACUGUGUCAUAGACCUGAUGAAAGCCGUGCAGAAACCACAGCUACCUGAUCUAAAACCAAAGGAAGAGCCCAGCAGCAUCAAUAGCUCCUUUGAAUCACUGGUCCUCGAUUAUAAAGAGUUUGUUGCUAAUUCACCGAGGCGAACAUCUGAAGUUGGCUUACCAACACCAGAGCCUGAGCCUUUAUUACCGAUUAAGACAGACAUGUCUUAUAUACUUAAACAAAAGAUCAAGAGAGGAAAGUGCUCAGCGUUUGGUAAAGUGCUGACUUCACGUUUACGUCCUGUCGCUGCACCAUACCUAAGAGAGAAGGUUCCCACUAACAUUGUAAGGUUUGACUUCAGCACCAAAUCUCCAUGUGACCUGAUCAAGGAGAAACUAAAGAGGAAGCCAGUUCAUACAACUAGUAAUAGCUAUGACUUUUUCUGAUUAAUGGGUG